AUGAGGCUCCAAGCUCUUCUACUCUUGGCAUUUAGCCUGAGUGCUUCUGUCACGGCCAUUCCAGGGGAUCCAGUCACUUCAGUGAAAAUCGAGCCCCAACAAUACAGACCCCCAACGACUACGAUCAAGACAACCAUAACCAAGGGCAAGCCCACUACCAAGACAACUACCAAGAUCAGCAAGCCAACAGGAACACCCUGUGCGGGCAACACGCCCGGAACACGAUCUAAAUGGUGCCAAUACGACGUCAACACCGACUACACUCAGGUAGUACCAAACACAGGCGUAACACGGGAGUACUGGCUCAAUCUCGAAGAGUUAGUGGCCGCACCAGAUGGGUUCAGACGUCCCGUAAUGACCGUGAAUGGCACAAUCCCCGGCCCAACGAUCUUCGCAGACUGGGGCGACUGGGUUGUGAUCCACGUCAAGAAUAGCCUUCACAAGUCCAAGAACGGAACGAGCAUUCACUGGCACGGGAUCAGACAGAACUUCACAAACGGCAACGACGGGGUGGUCUCCAUCACUCAAUGUCCCACCGCGCCGGGCUCAACCAUAACGUACAAAUGGCGGGCCGUGCAGUACGGUUCGUCAUGGUACCAUUCCCACAUUGGACUGCAAGCGUGGGAGGGUGUGUUUGGUGGGAUUGUGAUUAAUGGCCCUGCCACGGCGAACUACGAUGUCGAUAAGGGCAGUCUGUUCCUGACGGACUGGUCGCACCCCACUGUUGAUGAGCUGUACUUAGAGGCUCAGACGAUUGGUCCGCCGACUAUGGAUACAGGUUUAAUUAACGGGACUAAUACCUUUGGCAAUGGUACCAAUUCUACGGGCCGCCGGUUCGAGAUGAAGGUUAACGAUGGGUCUUCGUACCGGCUGAGGAUUGUCAAUUCGGCAGUUGAUACGCAUUGGAAGUUCAUGAUUGAUAAUCAUACACUUACAGUCAUUUCGGCGGACUUUGUGCCAAUCAAGCCGUUUACAACGGAUUAUAUCAGCAUCGGAAUGGGCCAACGCUACGACGUAAUCGUAACAGCAAACAAACGUCGAAUUUCUGACUCAUUCUGGAUCCGUGCAAUUCCCCAAGAAGCAUGCUCGGAAAAUGCAAACCCAAACGACAUAAAAGGAAUCCUCUACUACGGCAAACGCCCCCGCACACCCACAACAAAAGCGUACAACUUCCCAGACGAUUGCGAUGACGAGCCCGCCUCCAGUCUAGUGCCCCAAGUCCCCAAGACCGUCUCAGCUGCAGACUGGAACAACCUAACGGACGUGACACUCGGGCGCAACAGCGCGAACCUCUUCCGCUGGUACCUCAACAGCACGACGAUGCAAGUCUUGUGGGAAGACCCUACGUUAUUACAGCUCUUCAACAACAAAAACACGCCCAACUUCACGACGUCGAGUGGAGUGAUUGAGCUGCCGCGGGCGCAUGAAUGGGUCUACCUCAUGAUCAACACGAGUUUCCCGGUGACGCAUCCCAUUCAUUUGCACGGACAUGAUUUCUUUGUUCUGGCGCAGGGGCCGAAUCCAUGGGAUGGGAGUGUUGCAACUAAUAAUCCGCCGCGGAGGGAUACGGCGAUGUUGCCUGGGAAUGGGUAUUUGCUUAUGGCAUUUGAGACAGAUAAUCCUGGGGCAUGGCUUAUGCAUUGUCAUAUCGGGUGGCAUACGGAUGAAGGGUUUGCAUUGCAGUUUUUGGAGAGGGAAAGUGAGAUUGAGCCGUUGAUUGAUCACAAAGCACUUGAGGAGAAUUGUGCUUCUUGGAAUGCUUAUGAUGCGGCUUUUGAUAUUGAGCAGGAGGAUUCAGGAGUUUAA